CUGCAAAUUGAGAGAAUCAUUCUAGUUUCUGCUUCAGCUGAAACAUCAUUAUACCAACAUGUCCGCUAAAGCUGUGCUCGUCUUCUGCGCCUCCGCUCUCUUGGUUCAGAGCGCUGUAAGCACUUGUCUUGGCACCGGCUGGGGCUAUGGCGGUCUCGGCUACGGAGGUUUGGGUUACGGCGGAUGGGGCGUUGACGGAAUUGGCUACGGUGGUCUUGGCUACGGUGGUCUUGGCUAUGGUGGUCUUGGCUACGGUCGUCUUGGCUGCGGCAUUGGCGCUAUCGCUCCUGCUGCUGACAUCGCUGUCGCCAGCGGCCUCGGAGCUGCCUAUGGUGGUGGUCUCGGUGUGUCCAGCGCUUCUCCCAUGGCUCCCACUGGUCUUGCCGUAGCCUCUGAGAACGUGUACGAGGGUGCUGUCGCUGUUGGCGGUAACCUGCCUUUCCUGGGAACCGUGGAAGUUGCUGGAGAGUUCCCCACCGCUGGUGCUGGUGCUGUCUCGUACGGUUGUGGUGAUGGAGCUGUUGGCAUCGCCGCUGAGGGUCCCAUCGGUGCCGCCGUCGGUCCCGCCUACGGAUACGGAGGUCUGGGCGGAUUCGGUAUCGGAGGAUACGGUCUCGGACUCGGCUACGCUGGAUUCGGCGCUCGCGGUUGUGGUUGCGGUUGCGGUGCUUGGUACUAAAUACCUACCGUAUUAUUACUCUGACGGACAUAAAACCUGACUUCAUGAGAAAUAAAACCAGCCUAUAAACAAUUUAUAUUU